UCCUGCCACUGCACUGGUGUGUCACGUGAACGCGCGGAGCGGCGACGGACGUCGAGGGGAAAAAAGGCACAGCGCCGCGCUGCGGACGGCGCAGUCAAGGGGCCGAAGCGCCGAGUAGGAGACGGCCGCAGCGCGAAGAGCGCGGGGUUCCGCUGCCGAGUCCGGCCUGCCGCCUACAGCAGCUCUUCCCCGGGGCCGGCGUCCGUGCGGGCGGCCCAUCACAGCAGCCACCUCGGAGACAGCUGCGCAAACACGGGCGAUGCUGCGGUGACGGUGCACCGUUCGCCACGCUGGUACUUCAGUGGGCGCCUGAAGCCGAGAAGCCGGAACCGCGGCGCAAUCAAGCCAGCAUCCAUGGCAGCGGCCGCGCUGCGCAAGCUGUUCCGCGGGGAGCGCCACCGGCUAAGCACGGGUGCCAACCACAAUGAGCCCAAGAAGAAGAAAGAGAGCGCCGAGGGCGGCAGCCGCCUGCUCAGCCUCUGCGCCGGAAAGGCUUCCUCCGAGCGUGGACAAGGCAAGGCGGCCCGGAAGCCAGCCGAAGGCGCGUCGCCGCGUGCCCCGGGGAGCCCUACCGCCGCCGGCGGAGGCGGCGACACGACAGCGGACGCAGCGGCGGUGGCUGUGCCCUCGUCCCGCUCGACACGAAGCCCUCGCAACCGGGUGGCGCCCUGCUCCCAGCAGGCGGCCGUGCGCGCACGCCGUCUGAUGCGCGAACUCCAGGAGAUCCGGCGACAGCAGACCCGCGGCCAACAGCCUUCCUUCACCGUGGACCUAGUCGAGGACAACCUCUACGAGUGGCAUGUGCGCCUCUACCAAGUGGAUCCGGAGAGCCCGCUGUGGCGCGACAUGCAGGAGUCUGGCGUGUCGUGCGUCCAGCUGAGCGUCUCCUUCCCGGAGAACUUUCCGUUCGCACCCCCGUUCGUGCGUGUGCUGGCACCGCACAUCGAGCGCGGCUUCGUCAUGGAAGGCGGAGCCAUCUGCAUGGAGCUGCUCACUCCACGGGGAUGGGCGUCUGCAUACACGGUGGAAGCCAUCCUCGUCCAGGUGGCCGCGUCGCUGUCCAAGGGCCAGGCCCGUAUCGCCACCAAGCCAGGCAAACAGUUCAACAGGAAGCUGGCCGAGUCCUCUUUCCGCAGCCUGGUCAAGACUCACGACAAGUACGGCUGGGUGACUCCCCCGUUGGCCGACGGCUGAAGCUGGAAAAGGGUGCCUCAGCCCGGAGCUCGCCCGUGCACGGGUUUGCAGGUGGAUGACGAUGGGUGCUACUCAGACAUUGCCAACGAGAAGCUGUUUGCCAUUUCGUUCUUCUUCUUUUGGUCCAGCGAUCCCUGGCCACUCAUCAGUGGUACCGCGUCUUCACUUUGCAUUGUUCAAAAAAAGUGUCUCCCUGUCCCACCUUCUUGCGAAACUGCGCAUAAGUCUUGUUUUCUUGUAUGCCUGUCGUAUGCUUUAGUCGCGCGAGCCUAUCACUGGCGUGUUCUAGGCAUAGCCUGCCACCGCCCGUUUGUCUAUCCUGAACAGUGGUGAUCGCGCGGCUGCCCUUCUGGGUGGUCACUGCGGAGAAGACUGUAGAAACGUCGCGGCUGUCGCUCCUCGGUUUCGCUCAAUAUUUGUACUAUAUCGGCGAAGGCGCUUUACCACCGCGACCAAUCGCUCUGGCCCUUGCCUUUCCUUCCCAGGUGUAACACGUAGAAAAGCAGCAACUUUUCUUUUUUUUUUUCCUCGAACGUCAGCCAUUGUCCACGUCAUUGUAGCUCUAAGCACAUUCUUUCGGUAUUCCGAGACUCUGUCAAAAUGUAUCAUUUAGAACGUACAGGCAAUCCAAGUGCGGGAAUCAAAACGAAAGGACGACGUCACUGUCGCUUAAUGUUUCGGCCCGUGCCGAUAGUGGCUAGUCGCGACAACCAUAUAUAAUAUAUAUAUAUAUAUAUUUACGAGCCGAAGAGACUGAAGUUAAGAUGCAAUUAAGUGAGCAUGUUCGCUGGCAAGCCGUUUACCGGCCGCCAGAAACGGCGAGGAGCCCCGGAACGCCAUCAUUCCAGCUGCGCUUCCGCUUCCUGCAUUAUGCUCCGCUACGUGCAGUCGAGACCAGCUAGUUAAUGUUUCAGAGAGUUUGAACUAACCUUUCGGUAUGUAGCUGGAUGAGGUUAAAUGUACAUGUGUUUGUCAGAGAACUUUUCUGCGUGCGUGACCCAAGUAAGACUUUAUAGUCGGAGGCUGUUACUACGAGUGUGGCUCAAUUUGUUCCUUGACCGGCGUGAUUGUCUGCGUGCUUAAAGGGAAUGCGCUGGAUGUAACAGUGCGACGCGCGUGGUACGGCUUUAUUCGCACUUUCGAGGAAUCCAAGUGCGCUUUAGCGUUCGGCACGCGGGCACUCCGAGAAAACGCGGUAGCUUCGUCCGAACAAAAGAAGGAAAGAAAACGCGUCGCCUUUUGCUGUCGCAUUUGCGCUUAAUUACAAGGACACGUGCACACGGUGUAUUUGUACGUCGUGGCUGUGCUAAUCCGCGCACUGGGACUUGAAGCAAAAUCGACGACACUCGCACAGCGCGGACGAAGCGAAAAGGCAAAGCGCGGGCCGACGCUCUCGCGCGAGUGCGCAUCUCACUUUGUUUUCACUUUUUUCACUUCUUUGGCUGUCGUCCCUCUAUCUUUCGUGGCGCAAUGGCCUACGAGACUGUCGGUAGUACGGCAGUCACGGAAGCCGUGGUGGCACAGCGGAGAUGGCUGCCGCGUGGAACGCGGACCUCACUCGCGGGCGGCAGCAUUAUCCUUUUUUUUUUUCCCGAGCCCUGGAGUCUCCAGAGACGCUGUUACUCGCUGCUCUCUUGCACUCGUCGCGUGCAAGAGGUCCCACGCAGCGACGCACCGUCCUCUGUGUGCUGAGAGAUUUUCGACAGAAAACGCAAGUACUCUCCACGUAAAAGGCUUGUCGUUCUUCUGUACUGUGUAAAUAAUGAGAGAAUGAUGGACGCAUUGAAGUGUCUCUCGAGUGCUUGAAUAAAGGCAAUU